UCUAGGGGUUUUCAUACUGCACUCGGAAGCAAACCGGAAGCAACAUGGCGGCGAUUUCAAGCGUGUUUCGUUCCGGUCUUUUCAGUAAUAAAGUUGCCAUUGUGACUGGUGGUGGCUCUGGGAUUGGAAGGGCAAUAAGUCAAGAGCUUCUUUUUCUAGGAUGUAAAGUUGUGAUUGCCUCGAGGAAUCUGGACAAACUUCAGAAGGCUGCCCAGGAGAUGAAACUACAGAUACCCAAGAAGUCCACAGCUGACGUCAGAGAAGUCAAGUGUAACAUACGAAAUGAGGAUGAGGUCAAAUCACUGAUGGAUGCGACAGUGCAACACUACGGAAAGAUAGAUUAUCUGGUCAACAAUGGCGGUGGCCAAUUCCCCAGCCUGCUCGCAGACAUUAAACUGAAGGGAUGGAACGCUGUCAUUGAAACGAACUUGACUGGCACAUUUCUGUGCUGCAGAGAAGCGUACCAGAAAUGGAUGGGUGAACAUGGUGGGGUCAUUGUCAACAUUAUUGUAGAUAUGUGGAAAGGAUUCCCGGUCAUGGGACACACGGCGGCAGCCAGAGCAGCGGUGGAAAAUCUCACCAAGACGGCUUCCUUAGAAUGGGCGCCUAACCACAUCCGCAUCAACAGUGUAGCACCGGGUACCAUCUACUCGGACUCAGCUGCAGCUAACUACGCAGAUCCUGAGACUUUCAGCAGAGCGAUCCCAAAUGUUCCGGCUAAGAGACUUGGCAAAGUUGAAGAGAUUUCGGCUGCUGUCUGCUUUCUCUUAUCGCCCGCAGCUGCCUACAUCACGGGUGAAACCCUGAAAGUCGAUGGGGGCUCCAGCCUGCAUGGCUUCCCUGGCUUCUCUGUGCCAGAUCAUGAAGGAUUCAAAGCCUACGACUGGGAAACUGACAUCAAAGAAAGAAAAAAAUCCGAGACAGAGAUGGAGAAAUCAAAGCUCUAACACAGCGCAGAUUUAAAUAGAUUAGGAAAUUUUAUUCAUAAAAAAAUCCAUGGGAAUUUAUCAAAACAAAACAAGCAUAAAAAAGGUAUUUUGUAAUUUACAUUGUAAAUUGUAAAUAAAUUAUUUGUACACAUGAAAUGUAAAGAUAGAAAGGUAUUCAAACAUCUUUUAUUUAAAAAAAAAAAGACUUAGAAAAAUCAAGGCGUUGAUAGACAUUUAAGUGCGGCUUAAUGUGGCUGUCAUUCCAAGCAUUUUUGAAGGUUCUUAUUUAGGAAGGAUAUAAUUAGCACUGAUAGAUGUAGUUCUAUCCGAAAAACUAAGAUUUGAAAUCAGGCUGUAUCUUGAAGAUGAUACUGAGCAUACUGAUCGGAACGUCGAGUUUCACAACCAACCGAUUCUUUUCAGAACCACACUUCUUUUCAAAAGAGAUGGUUCCACAUGGUGUCACCGCAAACCCUCACUAGAUUAUAAAAAAGAAGUUAUGACCUAGUACAACACUCUAAAGGUUGUAUUAAAGUGAGAUGUUAUUAAAAUAAGAUUUUCAAAUUACCGGAAAAAAAAACAGCUAAUCAGCUAAACUCGAGAAAAAAAAAGUGGUAAAACAUCUUCACAUCUUAAAACAAUUCAAUAUAAAUAUAUCUAUUGCAAUUUGGGCAAAAUAUUUCAGAUUAAUAUUUUUUUUCAUAAAAUAAAAAUAGUACACAAUUUUUUUUCCAUAAAAAGUGCAGGAAUGAUUUGUUUUAUUACGGUGGUUUCAAGCAAACAUUAAUUUUGAUAGCUAAUGACAGCAAUUAAAGAAUAUCAAAACUAAAAUACGGAGUGAUGUACGUUCUUUUAAUAUUUUCUACAGAGUUUCUUUUUUUGUAACCUUUUUAGUGUUAAAAAGGAUGUUUUGUCUAGACCUUGAGCUGUUUUUGUCUAAUAUAUGAAAAUAAUGAAAACUCGCAUUGGGAAACGAGCGUUUUGUUACUGUGCAGCACACACUAGCUAUUUUUGUAAAAUUAAAAAUAAAUGUUUGCAUCAAGGAGUUGUUACAACCCGUCUGAAAAGUGACAACACUGGCACCAAACGCAACCCUGGUAACAUUCCUGCAUUGAAUACCAAAACUGGAAAUUCUUUUUAAAGGUAAUAUACAACAUUUGCAAACAUCAAAAAACAACUACCAAAUUAUUAUGAAAUACCUUACUGGACUG